AUGCUCGCCACGACGGCUUGCCACAUUCCCGACGUCAACCUGGAUAUCUCAUUUCUACUCAAGGCCACGGACUCAACCGAGUCGGCUCCAACUUUACCAAACAAAAGCCCGCCAUCUAGCUCCCCAUCUGCUCCUUCUAGUAGUCAUUCCGCGUCCCCAUUUACGAAUGCACGUCCGAACUUCAGCUUAAAACGAAGUGUACCAUCUCAUGCUGUUGAGUCACCAGCAAAAAAACAAAGUAAAUGGUCGCCUGAGGAGGAUUCCCUCAUCAUUGAACUUCGAGGGAAGCAAAUGAAAUGGGAUGACAUUUCUAAGUGCCUUCCGGGAAGGAGUGCUAUCAGUUGUCGACUUCACUAUCAGAAUUAUCUCGAGCGCCGGAGUGAAUGGGAUGAGGAACGAAAAAAUAAGCUAGCAAGGCUCUAUGAGAGAUUCAAACCAGAGAUCUGGGCGAAAGUAGCGGAAGAAAUGGCAGUUCCAUGGCGUGCAGCUGAGGCAAUGCACUGGCAAUUAGGCGAGGCUGAAAUGGCAAGACGUGCUGGAGUUAUUCCAUUCUCAUUAUCUCCCAGUAUGGCAGAUUCGGCUCAGUCAAAUUCCAAUAAUCACCGCCCAUCGGGAAAUCGUGGCCAUUCACAUUCGCAUAGCCACUCUAUCUCCUCGGGAUCGCGUCACUCCAUUUCACAUUCACGAUCGCCUAGCGCACAUGGGACAGGAAACUUGAAAGAUCCUAUUUCCAGCUGCUCUAAAACAUUAAUGAUCAAUAAACAUAACCAAAAGCAAGAAUCCAAACUUUCAAACGGGAAUAAUACGAGCAGGAUAUCUGGUGGCGAAUCUACACCACGCUCCGUUCCAAUUCCAAGUUCUGGUGAAAGCCUUAAUUUAUCAGUAGUUGCCGUCAUUGGACGGAGCGCGGGACAACCCUUGCUUCCAAGCGUUGCCGAAAUGACGACUGGUAUUUCCCCAUACAACACACCAGCAUAUGCCACUUCUGGAACCUCUUUUAAAACAAUGGGUCAUAUCCUGCCAGCAAUUGGGAUAUUGCAGAGCCCAUAUGUUCAAUUUCAUCAUCCGCAAUGGACUGACUUAAAACAUAGACAAAGUCCUGAAAAUAACUCCCAGGAGACGAGAAGAUCAUGA